AUGGGCUCAAUCUUCAGAAGUGAAGAAAUGUGCUUGGUUCAACUUUUCGUUCAGGCAGAGGCAGCAUACUGUUGUGUUAAUGAACUGGGAGAGUUAGGACUUGUACAAUUCAGAGACCUGAAUCCAGGAAUCAUUGCUUUCCAGAGGAAAUUUGUGAAUGAUGUCAGACGAUGUGAGGAAAUGGAGAGAAUUCUACGCUUUUUGGAAAAAGAAAUUACAAAAGCUAACAUUCCAAUCAUUGAAAGUUCAGAAAAUGAUAAGGCACCUUGCCCAAGGGAUAUAAUCGAAUUGGAGGUUGCUUUUGAAAAGCUAGAAAAAGAGUUGAAAGAGAUCAACACGAACCAAGAAGCUUUGAAAAAUAAUUGCCUGGAGCUGACAGAGCUAAAGUUUCUUCUUCAGAUAACUGAAGAUUUCUUUGAAGAGGCAGAAUCCCAGUUGUCAGGUUCUGAACUCCCAUCUGAAGAGUCUGUCUCUGUAACAGGAUGUUCAAGGAGGCUCAGCAGUACAAGUGGAGGAGGACGUCUGAAAUUGGGUUUUGUGGCUGGAGUGAUCCAACGAGAACGGUUUUCUGCUUUUGAAAGAUUACUAUGGAGGCUGUGUCAUGGAAACAUUGUCUUACGCCAUGUAGAAAUCAAUGUUCCAGCAGAGGACUGUAUGGCUAAUGAGUUCAUCAGUAAAGAUGUGUUCAUCGUUUUCUUCCAAGGAGAACAGUUCAAAAGCAAAGUGAUAAAGAUAUGCGAUGGAUUCCAUGCCACAGUAUAUCCUUGCCCAGAAACAUUACAUGAAAGAAUGGAAAUGAGUGUUGGUGUAAACAUGCAAAUUAAGGAUCUCCAUAUGAUACUUUAUCAGACAGAAAAGCACCGUAAGAAUUUGCUGUUGUCUGCUGCUAAGGAUGUUCACAAAUGGAAUGUUAAAGUCAAGAAGAUGAAGGCGAUCUAUUACACACUGAAUCUGUGUAACAUUGAUAUCACCCAGAAGUGUUUGAUAGCAGAAAUCUGGUGUCCUGUUACAGACCUUAAGAAAGUCCAUAGCACAUUAACAAAAGAAUCAGUUCGGAAUGGUUCCACCAUGCCUCCUAUUUUGAACAGGAUAGAGACAAACCAAACUCCUCCAACAUUUAAUAAGACAAACACAUUUACUGUGGGGUUUCAGAACAUCGUUGAUGCAUAUGGAGUAGGAAACUAUCGAGAAGUCAAUCCAGCCCCUUACAGCAUCAUCACAUUCCCUUUCGUUUUCGCUAUCAUGUUUGGUGACUGUGGGCAUGGACUAGUUAUGACAAUAAUGGCUGUAGGGAUGAUCUUAUAUGAAAGACACCACAAAAACAUAGAGAUGAAGAAUGAGAUUCUGACCAUUUUCUGUCAUGGACGUUAUAUUAUUCUGUUAAUGGGACUCUUUUCAAUCUAUACUGGUCUCAUAUACAAUGACUGCUUCUCCAAAACUUUCAACCUCUUUGGAUCAGCAUGGAAUGUCAGAGCUAUGUUCCAGCCAAAUGGACCUUGGAGCAAUGAAACUUUACAGAACUCAUCCGUACUCCAAUUGAAUCCUGCAGUGCGAGGAGUAUUUUCAGGAAAACCCUAUCCAUUUGGCAUCGAUCCAAUUUGGAACAUUGCUGUAAAUAAGCUAACAUUUAUGAAUUCCUACAAGAUGAAAAUGUCAGUCAUUCUGGGGGUCUUUCACAUGCUUUUCGGAGUCACACUAAGUUUAUUGAAUCACAUUUACUUUAAGGAACUUACCAAUAUCUUCCUGGAGUUUAUCCCAGAGGUCAUUUUCUUGACUGCCUUAUUUGGCUAUUUGGUCUUCCUGAUAAUCUUCAAAUGGUGUGUUUUCACUGUGUCUGAGUCUGAGAUCGCACCCAGCAUCCUUGUUCACUUCAUUAACAUGUUAAUGUUUAACUACAGUGGUCCAGCAAUGACACCUUUCUACUGUAAGCAGAGGAGCAUCCAGACAUUUUUAGUUCUCAUUGCCCUGCUCACAGUUCCAUGGAUGCUCCUUAUUAAACCCUAUCUGCUCUACAGUGACCACCAAAGAACAAAACAUGUGGUACGUCUUUGUGACAACUCAAAGGUUUCUAUCCUCCAGUCUGAGCAGACUGAGGCAGAAAUAAAAGGAGGAGGAGACAAGAAUCACUGGGAGGAAGAAAAGUUCAGCUUUGGUGACACCUUUGUACAACAAGCUAUCCAUACUAUUGAGUACUGCCUGGGUUGUGUCUCAAACACUGCCUCAUACCUUCGCUUAUGGGCCUUAAGCUUGGCUCAUGCCGAACUUUCUGAGGUGUUGUGGCACAUGGUGCUACACAAUGGCUUCACUGGCUUAAGCUCUGUUGGACUCACAAUCACCUUUGCUGUUUUUGCUGUUCUCAGUGUGGCCAUUCUACUCGUUAUGGAAGGCCUUUCUGCAUUUCUGCAUGCUCUACGUCUACACUGGGUGGAAUUUCAAAACAAAUUUUACAAAGGAGCAGGUUAUAAAUUCAUCCCCUUCUCAUUUACAGAUAUAUGUAAAAGAUAA